AUGCAGCAAUCGUACGGAGUGCAACAAUUUGGUCGAGGAAGGGGACGUGGAAGGGGAAUUCAUCCCCAGGGUUUCCCUUCUCAGCCUUUCAUCCCUUUCAAUGUGGCUGCAGUGCCUCCACCACCAAUGCAGCAAGCUGUAGGAGGACUUCCAUCCUUGAUGAUGCCACCGAUGCAACAACCGCAACAAAUGUUUCCAAUUCCACGAGGCCCACCUUCAAUGAUGACUCCACAGCCUCUCCCAGUUUAUUCCAUGGGGGCUGGAAUACCGAGUGAAUUUCUUCCGGAAGCUGAUGAAGAUCCAGCUACUAGUUCAGGAACAGUGGGGCCAAUUAGAAACACAAAACUCCAUUUGAGAAAAGCCGGUGGCCAAGUUUGGAGCGAUGCCACGCUUGAGGAGUGGCCGGAUGGAGACUUCAGAGUUUUCUGCGGCGAUUUAGGAAACGAAGUGACUGACGAGUUGUUGUCGAAUGCAUUCCGACAUUUCAAGUCUUUUCAAAAGGCUCGAGUAAUUCGAGAUCGAAGAACAGGAAAAGGAAAGGGAUUUGGUUUUGUUUCUUUUGCGAAUCCCGAGGACAUGUUAAGAGCAAUGAAAGACAUGGAUAGGAAAUACGUGGGAAAUCGUCCGAUCCGUGUGACAAAAUCAAAGUGGAGAGAACGGGAACAAGACCGAAGAUGCGGAUCACAAGAUCCUUCAUCAACGCACACAACAACCAACGAUACGCCAAGAGGAAUACCAUUCGUUGGUGUCAGCAAGUUCUUUUUUAAAACAGAGAACUUGCUAAAAGAACUGGUUCACCGCUAA